CCUCUUUUUGAGGUUAUGUUUCUUUCGGAGCUUGAAAUGAAUAUCGAUCAAUUAUUCGAAUCAAUCUACGUCGUUCGACAACUAUAUGCGCGAGUUGGAUGCUCUUCGUAAGAAUCGACUGUAUUCGAUAGUUGACAUCUUCGGUAAAACUGUUAUCUUUCCGUACGCGAUAACGUAGCAUGUAUCGCGCAGUUGAGGUUAAGUCACCCGUACAAGCGUACAGGAGUUACUCUCGCAAUUUCGAGCGAUCUGUUCAUGACUUGAAACUUUGGAUCUGUUCACGACUCGGCUCGUGUCGUCUUAUUUGAAAUAAUCGUACGUUUCGAACGUUCGUAUCGACUUGGAAUUUAAGGAGACAAAUAAUGGACGAUUCGUAUAAAUCACACAUAUUCGUUUUGUUUCGUUCAAUUUCGACAGGGAUUUCGCUUUAAACUCGCUAUAGAGAGACAUCGAUUUACAUUUGUAGGAAUUUAUUAGGAACAUUUUUUUUUUUAUCUCUUUCUGCGUAAUUGACCAGAAUCAAACAUAGACGACAUCUAUACUAUUUUGGAACAACUAUUGUAAUUGCUUCAGUGUUCCUUUCUCCACUGUUAAAAGUAUAACAGUGCAUUGUGAUUUUUCAUUUAAGCGUGGAAAAGAAAUGAUGAGAUCAUUCGUUAGAUCCGAGUGACGUAUUCACGUGUCAAUACCAUAAAGGAACAAAUAACAUUUAGACUGAGCGCUGUGAUAUAAUACUAACAAUGGAUCAAGAUGUGUUAACGGUCUUAAAGCUAUUAAUGAUAGGAGAAUCAAAUGUUGGAAAAUCUAGCAUACUCCUUAGAUUUACUGAGGAUGAAUUUCAUGAAAAUAUGCAAAGCACAGUCGGCAUGGACUACAGAACUAAACAAGUCACAAUUGAUGGCAAUACAGUAAAACUUGCAAUAUGGGAUACUGCCGGCCAAGAACGUUUUCGUACUUUAACACCUAGUUACUACAGAGAUGGUCAAGGUGCUAUAUUAGUGUAUGAUGUUACAGAUAGAGUUACCUUUAUGAAAUUAGAAACAUGGCUUAAUGAGUUGAAUACAUAUUGCAAUAAGACAGAUAUCAUUAAAAUGGUAGUGGGUAAUAAGAUAGAUUUACCAAACAGAGAAGUAAGCACUGAAGAAGGCCUACAAUUUGCCAGAAGACACCAAACCUUAUACAUUGAAAGCAGUGCCAAAACAGCAGAUGGAAUUAAAUGUUGUUUCGAGGAACUUGUACAAAAGAUAAUACAAACACCUGGACUUUGGGAUCGACAUUCUCUUAUUAAUUCAUACGGUAAUGGUAAUAUGGGAGGUGUAAGACACAGAGGUCAAAGAGGAAUACAAUUGGCAGAUGAUACUCACCUACAUAAUAGACCUUCAAAUUGUUAUUGCAAGAAAUUUUCUCUGAAUCAUAUUCAACAUGUUCAUCAUCAACAGAAAUUUUACAAACAACCAAAUUAAAUGUUGUGCUAACUAAUAAAGGACUUCAAAUAUAUGGAACAUGGAGUACAGAGAAAUUAUUGAAAUUACUAACAAACAGACUUAAACAAUGUAUUCGUGUGCAGUCAGAUGCAUUGAAAAAUAUUUCUAGUGAUGUUGCAAAUGAUAAAAGAUUAUUGAUUUCUAUCUAUAGUGGCUUAUAUAGUAUUCAUGUUUUAAAGGAAUUAAGAAAGAAAGGUAUGUCUAUACAUAACAUCAUAAAAGCAAUGAAACUAGGACUCAUCAGUCUUAGUUAUUGUGAACUUUAUUAUUUUAAAGAAUUUAAUGUAGAACCAUAUAGUCUGGAGUUCAAAGAAAUGUGGACCACUAAAUUUAAUGAUGAGUUGAUUUUAAAUUUAAGAGCUACAGGUUUAGAUGAUAUGAAUUGUUGGAAUAUUAUUGUACACGGAGUAGCACUUCAAACUCCAAGUAUUCUUUGUUAUUUAACUUUAAGCGGCAUUGAUAUUCCUGGAAUUUUAAACUGGCAAUCUCCUGUUAAUUCUGCAUCUUUUAAAAUAAUUAAAUUUUUGAAGCUCAUUGGAAUAGAAGAAAAUGUCGUACAAUUAGUAGAACAAUAUGGAAUUGAUGAAGAAACUGAACAAAUGUUAGUUGACUUGGGCUUUAAUGCAAUGGAAGAAAAAUUACCAAUUUUGGAGGAAUUAAUAUGCGAAUGUAGUUUAACUAUAUUGGAACCAAUCGAUCGUUGUCUAGAAAUAACGCAAAAAAUCUGCAAGACAAAUUCUAGAACCAGUUCUAGUUUUACUAGUAUACCAGAAUAUUACCAACAGUGUGCUUGUCAAUGUCAUAUUUUAGCAAGAAAUAAAACAGUAUAUGAAUUAACUGCACAACGAAAUGAUUACUUAAGACGAAAUGUUAUGGUGCCAUUAUCAUGGGCAAUGGCUAAGACUCUAGAAUACAAGCCAUCAGACCCAAUACAUUUCAUGGGAUAUAAAUUAUUGCAAUGGAUUUUCAGCAAUGUUCCCAAAAACAAAAAGAACAAACUUCAGCAAUUAAUUGCGCUAUCUACUAUAGAAAUGGAUCGUAAACUUGUUGAGAAGAAACAUUUAGAAAAAGAAGAACACAUAAAAAAUCUAAAUGAAGAAACCAUGAAAAAUAUUCCUUAUAUUUGCAAAGACUAUCAAGAAUUAUAUCGUAUUAAAAAACAAUGUUGGAAAUAUCUAUGGAAACCACUUAAAAAAUUUGAAAGUUGUUAA